UUCACAGUGUAAAGAUUUCAAGGAUUGUACAAACUAUCAGAAUGGAGAAGUACAAUCAAAUGACUGAGAAGAUAUUAAAUCUCACCUUGGAGAUCAUCUACCUGCUGACCGGAGAGGAUUAUGGACCCGUGAAAAAGCCAGCCAAAAAUAAUACCCUUAGCAGCAGAAAAAGCCCCAUCAAGGAGCAUCAGCCUCACUCACCAAUAAAUAUGAGUAAAAAUGAACAGAAAAUUAUCAAGUUCACCAAUAGAAUCAUUGAGCUGCUGACUGGAGAGGUUCCUAUAAGGAGCCAGGAUGUCACUGUCUAUUUCUCCAUGGAGGAGUGGAAGUAUUUAGAAGAACACAAGGAUCUGUAUAAGGAAGUCAUUAUGGCAAAUCACCAACCAAUCAGAUUAACAGAAGACAAAGCCAUGGAAGAAAAACCCAUCACUGCAUAUAUACCAGACAAUAUAUCAACUGUUCCUCCUGAACCCAAGGAAUCUUCUCUUGGUAGUUCCCAUACUGUCUCACAUUUUACAGCUAAAAGAUGUACUGGUAAUAAAAUUAUUCCAAUUUCAGACAAUAAUAACAAUACAAAUAGGAACACAGGGAGACACUUGGCCAAGACCUCACUUUGUUCUUCUAGCAAUAAGAAAAAUGACUCAGGUGGAUCGAAUCCUAAUUUAAAAAAAUUCAAAAGAAAAAUGACAUUUUUGACUGAACUUGAUGUACAUAGAGUUCAUAUAGAUGAAAAGCUCUUAUUUUGUCCUCAAUGUGAAAAAGGAUUUAUGUACAAAUCCCAACUUGCUGUGCACAUCCAAACCCACACAGGUGAGAAGCCAUUCACAUGUGCAGAAUGCAACAAAUGUUUUAGAAAGAAAUCUGAUCUUGCUCUGCACCAAAGAAUACACACAGGGGAGAAACCAUUUUCCUGUUCUGAAUGUGGAAAACGUUUUACAUGUAACUCCAACAUGUCUAAACAUCUGAGGGUUCACACAGGUUUAAAGCCAUAUCCCUGUUCAAAGUGUAAUAAGAGUUUUGUGUUCAAAUCUUCUCUUGUUGCACAUCAGAGGAUCCAUACAGGUGACAGACCUUAUGCAUGUUCUGAAUGUGCAAGCUCUUUUACACAGAAAGCUCAUCUUGUUAGACAUCAGGUCAUUCACACUGGCGAAAAGCCAUUCUCUUGUCCGUACUGCUCUAAAUGCUUCGCUCACAACACAGGUCUUUUAGCACAUAAGAAAACACAUGUACAUUUGGUCUCAUGA